AUGGAAUCAUGCGGUGGUCCAGAAUGCGACUGUUUCUAUCUAAGUUCCGGGUGUUUGUUCUAUAGGAUAUACGCAGUACCAACAGAUGAUAACGUCUACGAACUCUUCAAGUGCAUACGUUGGAAGGAAGAAGUGAAAUUCCGUCUUGAGAUCAGUAAAGGCUCUACACUUUGCUCCUACGUACCUUUACUCCACCCGAACAUUCCUAACCAAAUCCAAAGUAUGGAUGUAACAUUAAGCGUACUCGCAACUCCACUAUUACCGGCCUUGGAACAAGUCUUCAUUACCUCAACAAACCAAGCAGUGAUAUGGGAUAAAAAGACAUAUUCACUGCUUAGCUGUCCUACACGCGAGCAUGCAAAGACAUUACAAUGUCAUUUAAGAGAUGAUUGUGAUUGCGUAGCUGCUGAGUCUCCAGUAAGGUGCGUAUGUAACGAAGACAGGGUCGGAACAACCUCCUUCGACAUCACCAAAGUACUCCCAAUUACACAUCAACAAGUACGAUUUACGCCACAUCCACUGCAUGUAGUCGUCGCAAGAGCAGAUGAGGAUAUAUCCGCCGAGAUAAUCUUGAACUUGAAAGAUAUCAUCGACAAUUCCAUUACAGAAAUCAGAGACGACUUCUGUAUCAUUGAAAACACUUACCUCAACGGAUGUUAUCAGUACAGUAAAGGAGCAACUGCUACCGUAACAUGCAAAUAUACAUUCAACAACAUAUCCGCUGAAGUUGAAUGUGGGGAGGACAGCUUUACAAUUCCCUGUUCUCCUUCGGGCACUUCAUCUAAAAUUGGAUUACUAUUCCAGCCCGCUCGAAUCCAAAUUCAAUGUUCCAAAAACAUUGAACUUGGAUUCGAGCGGACUGGAAUAGGACUCCUGAUUGGAUAUAAUGCAUGA